AAAAAACCUAAAACCUUAAACCUCCGUCGCAUGUCUCCGUCGUUAGCCUCCUGUUAAUCUCCAUCUCAGAUCAAAAUUUCUCCCUUUUCCGGUCAUAGCGAUCUGAGCUAAAGUUGGGCUGUGUUCUUAAAAAUUCGCCGUGGGAAGGGGUUUUACAGAGAUGGCUGUUUUGUUAAAUCGCAUCGGGUUUUAGGUUUUUUUUGUUGCGAUUGAGGUAGUAGAUAUGGAUGUCGAGGGUUUGCUGAACUCUUCGGUCUCGUAUUUUUGGAAUAGAUUGGGUUGGUAGAUCGAUCUUUACAACUAAUUGCAAAUUUCUUGGAAGAUUUUGAUGUUAACGGGUUCACUAUACGGGUAUGUUUAGGCUCGAGGGAUCAUGCUAUCUCUGCGAACCAUUCGCAGAUACUGCCAUUCUUCUAUAGCAGCCACGACCUCUCGUGUUUCGAAUCAGAUCCAAGGUGGUGGUCUUGAGGAGCCUGCCCUCGUCAAGCUUAAAUCUGAGCGAGACCCUGAGAAGCUAUUCAAGCUCUUCAAAGCUAACGCCACUAACCGUUUGGUGAUUGAAAACCGAUUUGCUUUUGAAGAUACGGUUUCUAGGUUAGCUGGUGCACGCCGGCUUGAUUUCGUCGAGGAUCUGCUUGAGCAUCAGAAGACACUUCCACAAGGUAGGCGUGAGGGUUUCGUUGUUAGGAUUAUUAUGUUGUAUGGCAAAGCUGGAAUGACCAAGCAAGCACUUGACACUUUCUACAAUAUGGAUUCACACGGUUGCAAAAGAACCGUUAAGUCCUUCAAUGCCGCGCUUCAAGUCUUGUCUUUUAAACCUGAUCUACACACCAUCCGGGAGUUCCUUCACGGCGCCCCAUCAAUGUAUGGCAUUGAUAUUGAUGCUGUUUCUUUUAACAUUGCCAUUAAAUCUUUCUGUGACUUGGGUAUACUUGACGGCGCUUAUAUGGCUAUGCGGCAGAUGGAGAAAUCACGGUUAAAACCUGAUGUUGUUACAUAUACUACACUUAUAUCUGCGUUUUACAAGCACGAGAGGUGUGUGAUUGGGAAUGGGUUGUGGAACCUUAUGGUCCUCAAGGGCUGCAGGCCUAAUCUCACCACUUUUAAUAUUAGGAUCCAGUUCUUAGUGAAUAGGGGACGAGCUUGGGAUGCAAAUGAUCUGUUGCUGUUGAUGCCAAGACUCCAGGUGGAACCGGACAACAUAACUUAUAACAUGGUUAUCAAAGGUUUUUUCCUUGCGAGGUUUCCUGAGAUGGCCGAAAGGGUUUAUACAGCAAUGCACGGUAAGGGCUACAAACCCAACCUGAAGAUCUACCAGACGAUGAUUCACUAUCUGUGCAAGGCAGGAAACUUUGAUCUGGCUUAUACCAUGUGCAAGGAUUGUAUGAGAAAGAAGUGGUACCCCAACUUGGACACAGUUGAUAUGCUGCUCAAAGGGCUUGUGAAAAAGGGCCAGCUUGAUCAGGCUAAGUCGAUCAUGGCGUUAGUUCAAAAACGAGUGCCUCCUUUCAGGUCAAAACAGUUGGUCUCCCUUAAGUCCAUUUUGUAAUAUUUUACAUUGAAAUGGAACAAAAUUUGUUACAUCUACACGACAAGGCGGCCACAGGAUUCUUUCUUUCUUUCUUUCUCCUGAGUUUGUUUUGUAUAGCUUUGGGGGCUGAACUGGAAAUUGGAUGUAGCCCCAUAUCAGGAGGUACAUUUAUCUUCUUAUCGGAUUCAACUAUUAGUUGCUCCGUGAUAAUAAAGGCCAGGGUGAUUUGGAAACUCCAAUGGAUACCCACUCGAGAGCAAAAUGGCAUACGCAAAGUUGUGACCGUGUGCAGAAGAAACCGAUAGGAUCUUUGUCUGAUGAUGCAAAAACUUCGCUAAAGCAACGAGCCCUGGGAAAAUUAGUUAUGUUCUUAGCUUCGUCCAGCCAAAGUAAAAGGCGUUAAACCUAAAACAUAGGCGUUGAUAGCUUUUCCUGCUAUAUAUAGCACACGAAUGUAAACAACAGAAAAAGAGAACAGCGACAACGAGCAAUGCAUAAUUUUUUAUUGUUUAUUUAUUUGUUUGUGGAAACUUUGAACCCACAAAUGACAAAGCAAGCAUAAUUAGUAACA